GGAGAGAGUCAAAUGUGGAUGCUCAUAAUCUAGGAGUUGUAUCGUCUAUGCUGAUUUAGGGAGAGACAUGAAUGUCAACAAAAAGGAUAGCGCCGUCAUCUACGAUGACGGAGCGGGCAUAGGAGCGACCGAGCGCCUCAGCCCCCUCAUGCUACUACCUCGACCCACACGACAUCUCUCAAAGUCUCAAUCAAGCAAAUGACUGCAUGCACCAUAGAACCGGUGUAUCUAUUCCCCUCGUGCGAAAAGACAGAGCGAGCAUAGUACGGCACCAUUCGCAAGUUAAAGUCGCAGGUCCAUGCCUAACUAAUGACGUCCUAAUUCGUAGCAAAGCGAAGAGACUUGUGACUUUCAGUUCAUUUCGGCGCCAUGGUUGCAUCCAUGGUCGUCGUUCCGAGCUCAUCGCCAUCGUACGCCGUCCUGUUCAUCGGCCGACCAUGCACCAAGUCAACCGCGUGCGCUAGUAUAUAUGAAUGCACCAAGCUAGCUAUAUAUAGGGAGCACCGUGUCAAUCCCAAUUAAUUCUUCCCAAUAAGGAAGAGGAAUGGUGGACUGCAAGAACAUCGUCGUCUCCGUCAUCGUGCUUCUCUCUUCUUGGCUACUCUUCGUCGGCCAUGAUCAUCCUAGACUGCUGGGGCGGGCGCAGAGGCCGCUGACCGCGCCUGCGGCUGCAGCUUCGAGCGUCCUCCAUGUCGGGGCGCUGCUCGACCUCGGGUCAACCGGCGGGAGGGAGUCACGGGCGUCCAUCUCGCUCGCGCUCGACGACUUCUACGCCUCGCGGCAGCCGGACACCACCGUGGAGUUGCACGUCGCCGACUGCAAGGACGACGAGAUCACCGCUGCUUCGGCUGACCCGUGCUCCAGCGGAUUUUGGGCUUGCCAAGUAGAGGACGCGGUUGCUGGCGGAACGGCGGGGAACGAAACCCCGCCGCUGGCCGAGCGACAGAGCGGCCGCUGGCGCGCGGCCGCUAGAUGGGAAGCUGGCUCACCCAUCACUCCUGGUGCAAAGCCGUGGCUGUACCGGCGAAUCCGUGGCGACUAUCAAUGUUCAGUACCAGCGAGACAGUGCAGCCAUGAGCUUGUUUUUAUUGGCGUCAUGGAAUGUCUGGCAGCUUUCAAGAUGUGCGCUAACAGCAACCAAGAGGAGCUCGCAAAGUUACUUACUACACUAGUGUUGGACAAUGGCAAAUCCAUGCUUAUAACUCCCUUUUCCUAUGUUGCAGCAAUAGACCUGCUGAAAGACUUCAAAGUGCAAGCCAUCAUUGGGCCAAAGACAUCAAUGCAGGCGAGGUUCAUUAUUGGCAUCGGCAACAUGACAAAUGUCCCCAUAUUGUCUUAUUCGGCCACCAGUCCUUACUUGUCAGCUAAGCAGUCCAAGUACUUUAUUCGGACUGCCCUGGAUGAUGCCUCCCAGGUCCCUGCAAUAGCUUCUCUGAUUGAAUACUUCAGUUGGCGCCAAGCCGUACUUAUCUAUGAUGAUUCUGAAUUUGGUAGAGGCAUUAUACCAUAUCUUGUGGAUGCUCUCCAAGACAUUGACACACACAUCCCAUACCGAAGCAUCAUACCUUCUGUUCCUACUGAUGACCAGAUAAACGUGGAGCUUAACAAGCUGAAGACUAUGCAAACUCGAGUCUUUGUCGUGCAUAUGUCAUCCGAUGUUGCAGCACGCUUCUUUGUCCUUGCACAUGAUGCUGAGAUGCUGGUUGAUGGUUAUGCCUGGAUUGUGACCGACAGUGUAGGCAACAUGUUUAGCACCCUUGAUGGGAACACAAUCCAUUCAAUGCAGGGUGUUCUUGGUGUGAGGCCUUACAUUCCACGAUUGGAUAAGCUGCUCAACUUCCGCGCUCGAUUUCUUUCACGGUACAAACAACAGAACCCAGGUGCACCUGAACCAGCAAAUCCAAAUGUUUUCCACCUGUGGGCAUAUGACACAGCGUGGGCCAUUGCAAUAGCCCUAACAAAGGUUGGACCCCUUACACUGGGCUUCAAAUCGCCAUCAUCACAGAACAGUAAUGACCUCAAUGAUCUGCGCGUGCUUGGUGUGUCACAAGAUGGGCCAAGACUUGUUGAUGCCAUCCAGGCCACCAAGUUCCAAGGCAUAUCAGGUGAAUUUAUUCUAGUUAAUGGCCAGAGGCAGGCAUCAGUAUUUGAGAUAUUUAAUGUGAUUGGUAAUUCAUAUCAAAGUGCUGGGUUCUGGACACCCAAGUUUGGCCUAAGCAAGAAACUUGUUACCUCUUCUGGUCCAAGUGACACCGUUGGAUUGAAUACACUUAUUUGGCCUGGUGGGUCGGCACAGGCUCCUAGGGGUUGGGAGUGGCCAGUGGCUGGAAAGAAGUUGAAGAUUGCUGUGCCAGUAAAACCUGCUCCUAACGCAUUUGUGAAUGUUAAGAAGAAUCCAGCUACUGGAAAAUUCGAUGUGACCGGAUACUGUAUAGAUGUCUUUGAAGCUGUCAUGCAGGAGAUGCCGUAUGCUGUCCCCUACGAGUAUGUUCCUGUUGUGGACCCUAACAUGGCCACCAACUCGACCAUAUCGUACACUGAGAUAUGUCACCAGGUUUCCUUGAAGAAAUAUGAUGCAAUGGUUGGGGACACCACAAUAAUCAUAAAUCGCUCCUUGUACGUGGACUUUACAUUACCUUACACAGAAUCUGGAGUGCAGAUGGUUGUUCCCAUGAAGAAGAACUGGAGCACGAGCUUGUGGGUUUUUCUUAAGCCUAUCGAACCAAUUCUAUGGGCAGCCUUCUUGUCUGUUUUUGUAUUCACGAGUUUUGUCAUAUGGCUUGUUGAGCACAAGGAAAGCAGGGAUUUUGGUGGCAGCGCUUGGAAGCAGCUUGUCAACAUUGCUUAUUUCAGCUUUCAAGCACUUCUUGCUGUUCCAAAGGACCCAAAACUGAAGAAAUGGUUAUCAAAAUUUGCACUAAUAAACUUGGUGUUACUAGUUUGGUUGUUGGAGAAACUCUAUAGUGCAAGCUUGACCUCCAUGAUGACUGUACAUCAACUCCAGCCAACGGUUGAUGACUUGAAUCAACUUAUUAGUAAUGGGGAUUAUAUUGGUUACCAGGGUGGGUCUUUUGUUAAGGAUUUCCUGAAGAGCCAAAAAGUAGAGGAGCACAAAAUUAGGAAGUACAGCUCCACAGAUCAGUAUGCUGAGGCACUGAUGAAAGGGAGCUGGAAUGGCGGUGUUGCAGCAGUAUUCGAUGAGAUACCGUACCUCAAAUUGUUUAUGUCGAAGCACUGCAGGAACCACAGUAUUGUUGGUCGUGUUCACAAGACUGGUGGAUUUGGCUUUGUUUUCCCCAAGGGCUCUCCACUCGUCGCCGAUGUGUCAAGGGCCAUACUGACAGUGACAGAAGGAGACAAGUUUGCGGGCAUUGAGCAGAGAUGGUUUGGAUACGAGGUGACCUGCAACAACCAGGCAAAUGCCAUUGAGUCAGGCUCUGUUAUUACCUUGAGCAGUUUAAGAGGAGUGUUCUUCAUAACCAUUGGUCUUUGGGCUGUUGUGGGGGUAAUCUGUGCAGUCAUAUGGUUCCGACCAAGGCAAGAAGAAGAGCCAGUCCAGGAAGCAGUUGCUGAACUUGCUGUUGAGCAUGUCCGUGGCAACAGAGAUGAGAGUAUUAUUUGGCGCAUUGGCAGAGACAGUCAUCUGCUCAUUCAGUUGCGUGGUAAUCCACCACGGCCUGCUGAUACAGGAGCUAAAGAAGUGGCUCAGCCAGAAGCUGGUCUUGAUGGUGUAGAGCCACCGCCGGAUACUAUAAAUUUGGAAGGACCGGAUGAGCAGGUGCGCUUGGUGGAGCACCCAUUGCUAACGGCUGCAGCAGAAAACGACAAGCGUAAUGAACAACGAAACUGAAGCUGUACAGUAUAAUUUUCUGCCAAAAUGAAAACGAGCACGUAUAGUUUCUAUUCUCUUGUAUGCCUCAUCGCAGUGCGGUCUCUGAACUAGGUGUGGACAAUGCAAACAAGGGUCUACACUGUGCACAUGCCAACCUUGAUUUACCUAUGUUCUCAGUCACCCAUGGGCCAUGACAAUGGAGAAUAGUUGGGAAUUAGUACUCCUUAUUUUUAAAAUUAUAAGACGCUUUGAUUUUUUUUAAAUAUACUACAAAAGCUAUGUAUCUUGGAAAAUCUUAAAUGUCUUAUAAAUUAAUUUAUAAUGAAGGGUGUAACUUC